AGAUGUUCAAACAUAUCAAAACCAUAGACCACUUGCAAAGGGUGCCUGCCUUGCCGUGGUUCAAGUUGCGGAAAGCCCUUUCCGCCCCUUCAGCGGUUCCAGCCCGCCGUGGUUUGAUGCUGUGACCACUUCAUGAGGUUCUAUGGGCUCCUGCCAUUGCUCUGGCUCUCGCAGGCCGCUCGUGAUGCAGAGGAUUUCGAGGUGAUAGGCUCUCCCGAAGAGGAUCAGCAGAGCAGCUUCGCGCAGCGAAAAUUUGGCCAUGGUCAUCAUGGCCAUCAUGGCCAUGGCCGACAGAUGCGCCACCGACUGGAAGAUGAGUCCGAGUCGACGCCACAGCCGACAGAAGCCCCUUCGGAGACGGACGCCCGAGAGGAGGCCCCGGACACGGCAGAUGAGGAACGACUGGAGAUUCAGUCAGCUGCCAAGAAGGAGCCCGACGAUUGUGGACCCUUGAUGGGCAACCAUCCAGCGGAGGUGCGCGCUCAAGUCCUCCGUUGCCUAAAGCAACGAAAGCGGCAGGCUGGGAAAGUGCAAGAGACGCUGCAAAACCGUGCUGUGCAAGAGCGGCUCCUGGCAGAUGAAAGCGAUAAGGUUGAGAAGUUGACCAAGGAGAUCGGCGACAUGAAUGCCAUGAAGGCGGCAUAUCUCAACGACGAGCAGAUCGUGAAGGGCGUCUUGGAGAAGCGAAAGAAGCAGGUCAUGCGCCAGAUCAAUCGACUGGACAUGGAUGGAGAGGACGCCGAUCCCGAGCCGUGAGAAAAAC